AACGUCCCCACCAUUUUUGUGUAUAUAAAGACAAGUGCUGCUUCAUCACUUUGCUACAUCAAUCUUAAAAGCAUUUCACUCUUAUCUCCCCUUUCUUCUGACACUGCUUCUUUCUUCUUCUUCAGUGCUUCUUCUUCCUCGUAUCUAUAGACAAAGAGUGAAACGACAUAGAGAGAAAGCAAAAAUGGCGAAUAGGAAUUUGGAGAAGAUGGCAUCAAUUGAUGCACAGUUGAGGCAAUUGGCACCAGCAAAAGUGAGUGAGGAUGAUAAGCUUAUUGAGUAUGAUGCUCUUCUUUUGGAUCGCUUCCUUGAUAUUCUUCAAGAUUUACAUGGUGAAGAUCUCAGAGAAACGGUUCAAGAAGUGUAUGAGCUUUCUGCUGAGUAUGAAGGGAAGCAUGAUCCUAAGAAACUUGAAGAACUUGGCAAAGUGAUAACCAGUUUAGAUGCCGGGGACUCUAUUGUCGUAGCCAAGUCCUUCUCACACAUGCUUAACCUUGCCAACUUAGCCGAAGAAGUUCAGAUUGCUCAUCGCCGAAGGAACAAGUUGAAGAAGGGUGAUUUUGUGGAUGAGAACAAUGCAACCACUGAAUCAGACAUUGAAGAAACUCUCAAGAAACUUGUAUUGAACCUGAAGAAGUCCCCUCAGGAAGUUUUCGAUGCGCUGAAGAACCAGACAGUUGAUCUGGUUCUUACUGCUCAUCCUACUCAAUCCAUUCGUAGAUCAUUGCUUCAAAAGCAUGGAAGGAUCCGGAAUUGCUUAUCUCAGCUGUACGCCAAAGACAUCACUCCUGAUGAUAAGCAGGAGCUUGAUGAGGCUCUGCAGAGGGAGAUUCAAGCUGCAUUUCGAACGGACGAAAUCAGGAGAACUCCUCCAACACCACAAGAUGAGAUGAGAGCAGGAAUGAGCUACUUCCACGAAACAAUUUGGAUGGGCGUGCCGAAAUUUCUGCGUCGGCUCGACACAGCAUUGAAGAACAUAGGGAUAAAUGAGCGUGUACCUUACAAUGCUCCUCUUAUUCAAUUCUCAUCUUGGAUGGGUGGUGAUCGCGAUGGUAAUCCGAGAGUGACUCCUGAAGUGACAAGGGAUGUUUGCUUACUAGCUAGAAUGAUGGCUGCUAAUUUGUAUUAUUCCCAGAUAGAAGAUCUUAUGUUUGAACUGUCUAUGUGGCGCUGCAACGAUGAGCUACGCGUUCGCGCGGACGAACUUCACGGAUCAUUCAAGAAAGAUGAAGUUGCAAAGCACUAUAUAGAAUUCUGGAAAAAGAUUCCGGCAAAUGAACCGUAUCGUGUGAUACUGGGUGAUGUGAGGGAUAGACUGUACAAGACUCGGGAGCGGUCUCGCCAUUUACUCGCUCAGGGGUACUCUGACAUUCCAGAGGAAGCAAGUUUCACCAAUGUGGAGGAGUUCCUGGAGCCUCUUGAGCUAUGUUACAGAUCACUGUGUGCUUGUGGCGAUCGCGCAAUUGCUGACGGAACCCUUCUUGAUUUCUUAAGACAAGUUUCCACCUUCGGACUGUCACUAGUAAGGCUUGACAUCAGGCAAGAGUCGGACCGUCACACGGACGUGAUGGACGCCAUCACAAAGCAUUUGGGAAUCGGAUCCUACCAGGAAUGGUCGGAGGAGAAGAGACAAGAGUGGCUUCUAGAAGAAUUAAGCGGGAAGCGACCGUUGUUUGGACCUGACCUUCCAACAACUGAAGAAAUCAGAGACGUUCUGGACACAUUUCAUGUCAUAGCAGAGCUUCCAGCAGAUAACUUCGGAGCCUAUAUCAUAUCAAUGGCAACCGCACCGUCCGAUGUGCUGGCGGUUGAGCUUCUUCAACGCGAAUGCCGGAUCAGGCAUCCGUUAAGAGUUGUCCCGUUGUUCGAGAAGCUUGCAGAUCUCGAGGCUGCUCCGGCCGCCUUGGCUCGCUUGUUUUCGGUAGAAUGGUAUAGAAACAGGAUCAAUGGGAAACAAGAAGUCAUGAUUGGGUACUCCGAUUCCGGAAAAGAUGCCGGAAGAUUCUCUGCAGCAUGGCAGCUGUAUAAGGCUCAAGAGGAUCUUAUAAAGGUAGCCAAGAAGUAUGGGGUCAAGCUAACAAUGUUCCAUGGUCGUGGCGGGACGGUUGGAAGAGGAGGCGGGCCUACUCACCUUGCUAUCCUCUCCCAACCUCCGGACACUGUCCAUGGAUCGCUUCGUGUCACGGUUCAGGGUGAAGUAAUUGAGCAGUCAUUCGGGGAGCAGCAUUUGUGCUUCAGAACACUUCAAAGGUUCACUGCUGCCACCUUAGAGCACGGUAUGAACGCCCCAAUUGCACCGAAGCCGGAAUGGCGUCAGCUUAUGGAUGUGAUGGCCGUCAUUGCCACAGAGGAGUACCGAUCAAUUGUGUUCAAGGAGCCACGAUUCGUCGAAUACUUUCGCCUAGCUACCCCGGAGUUAGAGUACGGAAGGAUGAACAUUGGAAGUAGACCGGCGAAGAGAAAGCCUAGUGGAGGCAUUGAAACUCUGCGUGCAAUUCCUUGGAUCUUUGCGUGGACGCAGACAAGGUUUCAUCUUCCGGUAUGGCUAGGCUUUGGAGCUGCAUUUAAAAAUGUUAUUCAGAAAGAUGUUAGAAAUCUCAACAUGCUACAAGAGAUGUACAACAAUUGGCCUUUCUUUAGAGUCACCAUUGAUUUAGUGGAAAUGGUGUUCGCGAAGGGCGAUCCGGGUAUCGCUGCUCUGAAUGAUAGGCUUUUGGUUUCUAAAGAUUUAUGGCCCUUUGGGGAGCAGUUGAGGAACAAAUAUGAAGAAACUAAGAAACUCCUCCUUCAGGUGGCUGGACACAAGGAUCUUCUAGAAGGUGACCCCUACUUGAAGCAAAGGCUCCGGCUGCGUGAUUCCUACAUCACUACCCUGAAUGUUUUCCAAGCUUACACAUUGAAACGCAUCCGCGAUCCGAACUACAACGUGAAUGUGAGGCCACGCCCGCGCAUAUCUAAAGAAUCAUUAGACAUCAGCAAAUCGGCCGACGAAUUAGUCUCGCUGAACCCAACAAGUGAAUAUGCUCCGGGUUUGGAAGACACCCUCAUCCUCACCAUGAAGGGUAUCGCUGCCGGAAUGCAGAACACCGGUUAAGAAAGUUUGAGUUAUUGCAACCUUCUCCUUUUCCUUCCCUUGUAUUUGGUGUUACUUGUUUUUCUUUUUCCCUUAUUCGACUCUAAGUUUGUUCAGAAAUCCUAAAUUUAGUUACAUGCACCAAAGCUGAGUGCUGUUCUUCUUCUUCUUCUUUCUUUGUAGUGUUGUGUUUUUACUUUUCUUGCUGUAUAAUAUGGUUUGCUUGCUAUAGGCUAGCUACCACACAAAAUGAGUCAAUGAAACUGAAUUGUUAUAUUUCAA